CGCAUUUUCGACCUCGACAAGCCGACUAACCCAACAGACGACCCCAAAGCAGUCUUCUGUAAACCGCAAAUAUGGGUAUCUCUCGCGACUCUCGCCACAAGCGCUCCGCUUCCGGUGCGAAGCGCGCAUACUACCGCAAGAAGAGGGCUUUCGAGAAGGGCCGCCAGCCUGCCAACACCCGUAUUGGCGCUAAGCGUGUCCACCUCGUCCGCACCCGUGGCGGCAACCGCAAGUUCCGCGCCCUCCGUCUCGAUGCCGGUAACUUCUCCUGGGGUUCCGAGGGUAUCGCCAAGAAGACCCGUGUCAUCGGUGUCGUCUACCACCCUUCCAACAACGAGCUCGUCCGUACCAACACCCUGACCCGCUCCGCCGUUGUCCAGAUCGAUGCCGCUCCCUUUAGGCAGUGGUACGAGGCCCACUACGGCCAGUCCCUUGGCCGCAAGAGGCAGGCCAAGUCUGGCGAGAAGGUCGAGGACAUCAAGAAGUCCAACUCCGUCGCCAAGAAGCAGGCUGAGCGUCUCUCCGGCUCCGGCAAGAUCGACUCUGCCGUCGAGAAGCAGUUCGAGGCUGGUCGUCUGUACGCUGUUGUCGCUUCCCGUCCCGGUCAGUCAGGCCGUUGCGACGGUUACGUCCUUGAGGGUGAGGAGCUCGCUUUCUACCAGCGUCUCCUUAAGAAGUAAGGGUGAUGUUUGGGGAUCCUUCGGUGCAUUGGUCAGGUCACAAAAGGUGUUUAGUCAUGUAUCUGGUCUGCACAAGCGCAGAACUUCGAAUGAACAAGGCAUGAUAAUGCCACUUCUCUAGAUACCACGAGUAUAUGAAUCUCGAUUUCAACGUUACGUGGUCAUUUCCUGCCAUUUCACCAAUUUGAG